GUUGUGUGUUGUGUUGUGUCGUGUCAAAAAAGAAAGAAAUAAGGUGAUGAACUCGUGAAAUGAUCUGUGAGAAAAUAAUAUGGAAUUCUCGAUAGAAUUUUUUUCAGAAAACUAUAGAGGAAAGAUUUUUCAUUAGAAAUUGUCGAUUUCUGAUUUCACCGUACCGUUUGAUCAGAAACCAUUGUUUAUAUUCGAAGUGCUUAUGGGUUGACGUUUCUUUGGUAUCGAAUAUGGAUUCGCUGAGAAGAGUUAUUCAAUUUGAAUGGAAUGUGCCAACAUAAUCUGAUUGAACCAGCAAUGCAUGCAUUUGAUGAAUCUAAAAAAAUUAACCAAAUAGAACCAGACUUGGGGAAAGGAUGACCGGAAUGAAUUCGACCCUAGUUGAAACUGUCAGCAUAAACUAUGAAGAUUUUAAUGAGAGUUUUUUAACAUGUGGUACUUGUUUAUGUGUUUAUGAUGGAGGAGAACAUACUCCAAAACUCUUACAAUGUUCUCACACUGUUUGUCUUCACUGUCUAACUAGAAUAGCUGCCUCUCAAACUAGAGACACAGGAUCAUUCAGAUGCCCGAUAUGCCGAGAACUGAUAACUAUACCAAGAGGAGGGGUAGCUGCCCUACCGCCCUCUUUCUUGGUCAAUCAGUUACUGGAUCUCAUGUCUAGGCAGCGAAGGGAAGUUAUACCAAAGUGUUCGGUCCACAUAAACCAGGAAUUGCUAUUUUGUGAAACAUGUGACACAGUCUUCUGCACAAUAUGCACCAAAGGUUCUCAUAAUGAAUCUGCCGAUUCAUGUGAGCACACUGUCAUCCCAUUUUCUAUUGCCAUAAAGAGAAUGUCAGAAAUUUUAUUGUACAAAGCAAACGAGUGUAUAUCUAAGUUAAACAAAGCACAAGAAAAAGUAAGGAGUGAGUUGCAAAGGUUGGAUUCCGCACGAGAGGCAAACUUAGAACAAAUUAGUAUUAUAUUUCAACAGAUUCAAGCACUAGUCGACAAACGUAAGCAGGAAAUGAUUGAAAAUGUUAAUUCCAUUUGUACAGAAAAACGCAAAAUCCUGGAAGAGCAGCACACUCUGAUUGAAUCAGAAAAAAAUAAGGUAGAAGGGGAAUGCCAGGGUUUACAAUACCAAGUGGAAGUAAGGAAUAUCACACAACGAAUUGAGAGUCUAUCAGAGAAACUCGAUGUUGCCAUAACCUUGAAUGAUCCAAGGGAAAACGCAUUUCUUACCUGUGAUUUUAAGCAUAACGACACUAUCAAAACAAUUUCACAACAACUCAAUAACUUGGGACGGGUGAGAACAAGCACAACAUUCCCCAGUUUAUGUACAGCAGAAAUAGAAGCAGAAAAUGUAACUGUAGGAAUUGAGUCAAACAUAUUAUUGACGACCAUGGAUUACCAUGGAAACUCUAGAAAUUUUGGUGGAGAUCCUGUAGAAGCAAAAUUGUCGUCAGAACCACCUGAUGGUUCUGAGCCCACAACCCUAGAAGUAAUCGACUGUGAUAAUGGUACUUACAGAAUAAAAUUCAGAGUAGUAAAAGCUGGCAGUUACUGUGUAAAAAUUACAAUAUUUGAUCGUCCAAUUAAGGAAUAUCCAAUUUCCUUUGAAGUAACUGAACACAAUAAUCCUGUUACAAUGUUUGGUACGAAAGGAAGUGGAAAAGAAGAAUUUAUGCAGCCUGUAGCAGUGUCUGUAGAUGAAAGCGAAAAUAUCAUAUAUGUUCUAGAUACUGGAAAUUCUAGAAUAAAAGUUUUGGAUAAAAACUUUUCAUUCGUAAAACAUAUAACGAAUGAAGGUCUUUUUGGCCGGAGUUGUACAGGAAUUUCCUUGUCCAAUAAUGGUCUUGUAGUUAUAAAUUGGAGAACAAAAUUCAUCACCGAAAUGACAGUAGAUGGAAAUACGAUUCGAACAUUUACUCAUGGAAGUUUCUUAGAGCCCAUCGAUAUUGCUGUAGACAAAUCAUAUGGACACAUUUUAGUUGCUGAUAAUGGUACAAGCUGUAUUUUCGUUUUUGACGAGGAAGGAAAAUUUCUGUUUCAGAUAGGAGGCAAAGAAGUCUUUCAGUCAAUAUCAUCUGUAGCAAUUGGCCCGAAUGGUGAAAUUGUCGUUGCAGACUCGGAAAUAAAAGUAUUUUCUGCAAAAGGUGAUUUUCUGAAAGUAGUUGCAGACGGUGGAAAAGCUAAAGGUCGUUAUGGCAGUAUAUCUGUGGACUCGGAAAAUAGAAUAUUGGCCAGUAGAACUGACCACAAAGGAAAAAGUUACUUACAAAUCUUAUCGAUAAUUGAUGAGAAUCUAAACAGUUGUAUUGAUUCCCAAAAUAGUAAACUCAAGAGACCCAGUGGAGUAGCGGUCACUAAUGAUAAUCAUGUCAUUGUUGUUGACUUGGGAAAUAAUUGUAUAAAAAAAUAUCGCUACUGGUAGUAAUUCUCGUAUUGUAUUAUCAGCUACUGCUUUGAGUGUAUAUAUUGCUAAAACCUUAAAUUAUUGUCAUCAGUAAAUAAUACUAAUCUUU